AUGAAAGCUAUAGUUUAUCACGAUAGAGGCGAUGUUCGUUAUCAUACAGAUUUUGCCGAACCUCAGAUCACAAGACCCGAUGAUGUCAAAAUAAAAGUUCACUACUGUGGAAUUUGUGGAUCUGAUUUGAAAGAAUUUACUGAUGGACCUAUUUUCUUCAGUGACAAAGGUACAAAUAAUGAAAUCUCAGAUUUACCAUAUCCUCAAUGUAUGGGUCAUGAAAUUAGUGGAGAAAUUUAUGAAGUUGGAACCAAUGUUACUAGUGUAAAGAAAGGUGACAAAGUUGUUGUCGAAGUUACAGGAACUUGUUUUGAUAGAUAUAGAUUCCCAGAUUCUCCAAAUUUUGAAAAGGAAAAAUGUGCAAGUUGUCUUGAAGGUCAUUAUAAUGCUUGUGCCUAUUUAGGUUUACAAGGUUUAGGAUUCGAUAAUGGUGGAUGUUCUGAAUAUUUGGUUACUGCUGCCACUAAAGUUGUUAAAUUUGAUGAAUCUAUCAUUCCAAUGGAUGUUGCUGCUUUAAUCCAACCAAUUGCUGUUAGUUGGCACGCAGUUAGAAUAUCAAAUUUCAGACCAGAAGCAUCUGCAUUAAUUUUAGGUGGAGGACCAAUUGGUUUAACCACUAUCUUUGCAUUAAAAGGUAAUAAGGUUGGAAAGAUUGUUCUUAGUGAACCUGCAUUAGCAAGAAGACAAUUAGCAGAAAGAUUAGGUGUAACAGUUCAUGAUCCUACUGGUAAAACAAUUGAAGAAAAUAUUAAAGAAUUAAAGGCAUUAUCUCCAGGAGGUUAUGGAUUCAAUUUUUCAUAUGAUUGUUCAGGAGUACCAGCUACUUAUCAAACCAGUGUUAGAGCAUUAAAUAUUAGAGGUGUAGCUACUAAUGUUGCUGUUUGGGCUCAUAAAGCAGUUGACCAUUUCCCUAUGGAAUUAACUCUUUCUGAAAAGAUUGUUACAGGAUCAAUUUGUUUCGUUAAAGAAGAUUUCGAAGAUGUUGUUGCUGCAUUAGAAAAUGGUUUAAUUCCUGUUGAUGAAACUAAAUUAUUAAUUACUUCAAAGAUUCAUUUAGAAGAUGGAGUCGAAAAAGGAUUUUUAGAAUUAAUUCAUCAUAAGGAAAAGCAUAUUAAAAUCUUAUUCUCUCCAAAGGAAGAGUAUAGAUCUAAAAUUUGA